AUGGCCAGCGGAGAUGGCACGCGCCUGUUCUGGGUGCAGCUAGGCCUUAUGAUUCCCUGCAUCGUCUUCUCCGGUCUGAGGAUCUACGUGCGCGCCUUCAUCACCCGCUCCUUUGCCCCUGACGAUUGGGCCAUCAUGCUCGCCACGACACUUUUUCUGAUCUCAAGCGCCGUCACCAUGCGAGGCGCCACCUACGGCGCCAUUGGCCAGGGUGACGACCAUCCUGGCGGCGGCGGCGGCGGCGAAAGCGCAGAGCGCAUCGUCACCUCCAUGAAGGGCAUCUACAUCUGCGCCGCCAUCUACUCGCUCACGUCGCUCGCCAUCCGCGUCUCCGUGUGCCUCUUCCUGCUGCGCAUCGUGACGCGCCGGGCGCAUCGGCAGGUGCUCCACGCGCUGCUCGCUGUCUCGGCCGCGGCGUCCACCGCGUACUUCUUCACCGUCUUGCUGCAGUGCUCGCCGCCGUCUUUUUUCUGGAACCGCGUGCGGUACGGCGGCGGUGCGGCACAUGGAAGUGGUGGAGAAGGAGGAGGCGGAGGUGCUGAGACCGGACACUGCAUCAGACACCAGGCCGUGACGGCUGUGGCCAUGGUUCAUGCCACCGUGUCGGCCUUGUCGGCGUGGGUGAUGGGCUUGCUACCAAUGGUAAUGCUGUGGAACGUUCGCAUGGAGACGCGCACCAAGGUGACGGUCAUUGCGCUGCUGGGCAUGAGCAUGGUCGCGGGAAUCACCAUCAUCGUUCGCAUGACGACAAUCAAGUUCAUUGAGGACUCCACGCCUGCUUACUUCAAGUCGACCAUGGACACAGCCAUGUGGUCCUCCAUCGAGCCCAGCGUGGGCAUCAUCGCCGCCUCGAUACCGACCCUCCGCCCGCUCUUCAAGCGACGAAGCCGUUGGUCCUCUCGCGCACGACCGAAGACUCCCGCAUCGGUCCGAGGCGCCGUCACCACCAUCCACCGCUCCAGCAGACCGCAGUGGGUGGAACUGGCGCCGCGCCAAUCCUGUCGCGAUGAAGAGGCGGCACAGGUCAGCGGGAGCGGGGGGGGCGGAGCGACAUCGUCGAGUACCAGUGACAAGCCGGUGUGGAUCACCACCGUGGAGAAAGGAGAGAGCCGUGAUGAGGCUGCGUUGGGUGGGAUUACCAUCCACACGGCCAUCGAGGUAAUCUCGCAUCGACGCGAGUGA